UCAAUUGAUUCGAGAUACGAUUUUCAGUCAUACUUUCUUUAUUUAGGACAUACGAGUAACGAAAAUUCAAAAAUAACGAAUCUUAAAAGAGCAUGGAAAUAUGUCGCUCAGGCCGCCAAUGAGAUUUGGAUAUGCCAGAAUCAAUUGUGCCCACGGCUUUCUUCAGCGGCAUGGAUUAUUUCCUGCGAUAUCCCAUUCAAUGUUUCGGCCGAACUUGAUCCAGCGACGAUGUAAGGUCUCAGGUAACUCUGGCGCAACACAUUCAGGCAAAGGCAAGUGGUCGCUGCAUUUCAAUUUCGAACGUCGGAACGAAGCUAAAGGAGAUCGAGAGAUUUCUCUGCCCUUGUUGAUCUAUAUAUACGGUCCUUGGAAGAUGCUAAGGACAAAAUGUAAUAUGUGGGCGCUGAAAUUAUUCUGGGAUUGGGGAUUUGCUGAACUCAAAUUUGUGAACAAUGCGAAACAUGCCUUGGUGCUCAUCACCAGGUUCAUCGUGGAGCAACACGAGAGCCAUAUAAAGCGCUGCACGACACCCAUGGGAUAUAAGCAAAUCAAACAUGAUCUGAUCAAUUUUAACGACAAUCACACUAAACUGCUGCUCUUUGACAAGCGACAUAUACUACGCGCCAUUCCUCUUAAGAUACAGCGCUUGCAGCACUACGAUCAUAAAUUUGCUUUUAUUGACAUGGUCUUCCUGGCCUGUCGACGUACAAACGAUUUUGCCACCAAGCAGGAAGUAGAGAGAAUGCAAAAGCUUGUGGCUCAGUAUACGGAUACAACUCACGUAUUUGUACCCAAUCCCAUUAUAUUUGCCGAAUUUUUCGUACGCUUUCGAAGAGAUUAUUCGUUACCGUGCACUAUUCAUGCCGGACACUGGCUCAUAUCAACGUACAAAAUUCUGCGUUUGGAAGUGCUUAACAAUCAUCCAGAGUUCAACGUUGGCGCGUGUGACUCCGGUUUCGUUGAAAGCAGUUAUCCGCCAUAUCAGAAGACAACCCGCACAAAAUUUCAAUGAACUGUGCAAAAC